AUGGCCGAGGCUUGGGAUCAAAAGCCAUGGCCUCAUUACGAUGACACCACUAAUGACGAUCGAGGGGGAGGGGAGGAUGGUCAGGGAGAGGAGCUGGAUUGGACAUUCAAGGCCUUGGUAGAGUAUGGCAAGACCUACCUCCUCCGAGUGGUCAAUGCAGCCCUCAACGAGGAGCUCUUCUUCGCCAUCGCUGGACACCAGCUCACGGUGGUCGGCACCGAUGCGAGCUACACCAAACCCUUUACUACCGAGUUCAUUAUGAUCACGCCAGGCCAGACCAUGGACCUCCUCCUGGAGGCCAACCAAAAAUCAGUCACUAACUCUACCAACAAUCGCUACUACAUGGCAGCUUCGGCCUAUGCGAGCGCGAACGGCGUUGCCUCCGAUAACACCACAACCACAGCGAUCAUUGAGUACAUCAAUUCAUCGACCGAGCGGCCACAAUUCCCCUCCCUCCCUGCCUCCAACGACACCGACUCAGCAACUAAAUUUACCGCCAAACUCCGGUCUCUUGCGAGCAAAGACCACCCGAUCCAUGUCCCCCAAACCAUCGACGAACGGAUCAUCAUCACCAUAGCCGUCAACGAGAUUUUAUGCCCAAAUCGCUCAUGCCAGGGGCCCGAUGGCAAUCGGCUGGCCGCUAGUCUUAACAACAUAAGCUUUGUCGUCCCGCGGAUCGAUGUCCUUGAGGCCUACUAUCGGGAUAUCCACGGGGUAUAUGGGACAGGGUUUCCGAGUGAGCCGCCAUUCUACUUCAACUUCACCGGUGAUAACUUGCCCAAGAGCUUGUUGUUUCCAAGGACCGCGACGGAAGUCAGGGUCCUGGAGUACAAUACUAGCGUGGAGAUGGUGCUCCAGGGGACCAACCUUUUGGCAGGGUUGAACCAUCCCAUUCACUUGCAUGGCUACAGCUUCUAUGUGGUGGGAAGGGGGUUCGGAAAUUAUGACAAGGAUAAGGACCCGGCGACAUAUAACUUGGUAGACCCCCCAUUUGAGAACACUGUUACAGUGCCUAAGAAUGGGUGGGCCGCCAUCCGAUUCAGGGCCACAAACCCUGGUGUAUGGUUCAUGCACUGCCACUUGGAACGUCAUCUCAGCUGGGGAAUGGACACUGUGUUCAUAGUAAAGAAUGGUGUUGGCCCACAAGCUCGGUUACUGCCUCCACCUCCAAACAUGCCUCCUUGUUAG